AUGUGGAUAACAUAUCAUAAAGAUGAUCCAAGAGGGGAAUAUAAACAUUUAUCACCAGAAACAAAUUAUACUGUGGGACGUGAUGAGAAUACUGAUAUCAAAUUUUGGUCACCUAAGGUAUCACGAGAAUUAAUUGAAUUAAUAACUGGCCCCAACAUUACAAAUACACAAUUAUCAUCAUCAUCAUCAUCACCCGCAUCAACAUCAGCAGUUGGUGACAAAACAUUAUUAAUCAUUAGAAUAUGUAGUCGAGCGAAAACAAUUAUAAAUGGAAAGACUUAUAAAUUAUUAUCAAAAGAUAGUAAACCAGAAGAAAUUGAUUUCACUAAUGAAACAAAAUUGAAAAUUGAAACUAUUUCCCAAAUUGAUAAACAAACUGGACAAAUUAUAACUCAAGAUACACCACUUUUCAUUGAAUGGGUUCCAUUAAGGUUAUAUAUUAGUUCAAAUGAUAAAUAUGAUCAAAUUCAUUAUAAGACAAUAAUAAAGAAUCAUGGUAUUGAUAUUCAGAUUGUUGAUAAUGUAAUGGAUGCAACUCAUUAUUAUUAUGAUAAUGAUAUUAUCAAUAUUGAACAAGAAGAACAAAAAAAUGAAUUCAAACUGGCCAUUAUCAAAGGGAUCCCAAUUUUAAAUUCACAAUGGUUACAAAUGGUAUUAGGUCAUGAACAUGACAAUGAACAUUAUAGGAAUACUACUAGUGUUAAAGAUUGGUUAUUGGAUAUAGAUUAUCCAAAGUAUUUACCAAAUAAUGAUUAUGUUCCGAAAAAUAAUAGAUUGAAAUUGUUUGGCGAUAUUAAAUUGGUAUCAUUAGAGAAAAUAGAUUGGUUGGAAACAAUUAUUAUAGAUUUUACAUUGUUGAUACAACAAGAAGGAGAUCCAAAAAAUCAAGAUUAUUUACAAUCUAAAAUAGGUGAUAAUCAAUUUAUUUUAAUUGCUUCAACACCAAUGACAACAACAAUGAAUAGACAUAAUUUCCAAACUAUAACUAUGGAUCAAUUAUGGCAAUCAAUUAAAACAAAUUCAAUUCUGGAUCUCCCCAAGAAUUCAUUAAAACAAUUGAAACGUACAUCAACAACUAUGCUAUCAACAGAUAAAUCAGCAGCAACAGCAACUACGUCUCCAGAAGUAGUAGCACCUCCAGGACGGAAGAGAAGGAAAUAUGAAAAAGUUGAUAGAUUGCAUUUCUUCUCUUUAGCAACAGCACCAACUACACGUGAUUCUUCCCCUAAAGUAUCAAUUUUGGACACUAACAAUAAAAGUAUUUCACCUGAAUCAACUAGUCAGAAAAAUACUAGCGGUGAUAAUGAUUCAAUAACUCAAGAGAUAACCCAAUUAAGUGAUCCCAUUAAAAAAAUCCCAACCCUUGAACAAAAACGAAAAGUUUUAAAUUCUUCACAAACCAUUAACUUAAAUCAAAAUGAUGUACUUAUUAGUUCAAAUGAUUCAAAUUUAUCAAUACCCUUACCAGCUAAUCAAUUAGCUUUACAAUCCAAACUGAAUUCCAAAUCACAAAAAUCUAGUUUAAAUUCUGGCUCAAACUCUUCAUCAAUAAAUACUGAAGAAGAAAACCCAUCGAUUGGAUUCAAACGUAAAAAUAAAGACAAAGAUGAUGAUGUUAUUGUUGAUCGAAAAUCAUUUAAAAUUCCUAAAAUUACACCAAAAGUAUCAUUAGUAGAUGCAGUUUUAAAAGUUCAAGAAUUAAAUAAACCACAAAAUUUUGAAUCAGAUUUUGAAAUUAAUGAGAAUUUGAAAAAUUUAGCAAUUGUUGAAGUUGUUGAAUUAGUGAAUCGUCGUAAUCGUAAUCGUAACCGCAACAAGGGUACUGAUGGUGUUGGUAAUGUUGAAUCAAGGUAUACUGGAAGAAAGAAUUUUAAGAAAUUUAAAAAGAAUGCACCAUCAUCAAAUAAUAAUCGAAGAAGAAUUGGGUUAUAUACUGUUGAAGAUAAUCUAGAAGAAGAGGAAGAUGAAGAUGAAGAGGAGGAUGGUGAUCACAAUGAUACGACUAGAGAUGAUAAUUAUUAUGAAGUUUAUUUUUAA